AUUCAAUCGUAUUUAAAGAGUACAUUUGUAAACAUUCAUACAGUAUAGCUCGGUUUCAAAGUAGAUCUAGACCUACCCACACUCAGACAAAAAGAGAACUCUAAAAAGCAAAGAUAGUACGACACGAACAUAAUCACAUUAUGAAGCUUCCAAUAUUUCUAUUGGUCAACACCCUGACAGCCGAUGUUGCUCACAUGAUGGGUACAACGAUAGGGAAUGAGUUCAUCCUGAUGACUCCGCCUAUAGCUCCACGUUCCAAAAGAAGUUACAGAAUGCCUUUCGUGCUUUUUAGUCUUCUAGCUCCGGAGAGUCCUGCUUUUCAGGUAUUUGUUACGACACCUUGGUUCAAAGGAAAUGGCAGUUUACACCUCAUCGUCACGCUGCACCCAAUGGUGGCUGAGACGAUUACAUUGGACAAAAACUAUUUGUAUGUUUUGGAGCGUACGUCAAUCUCCUACAUCUCUAUUCAAGUAUUUAACAGCGAGGGGCCAAACACCAUCACAUUUCUACUGAAGCUCACCUCCCGGUCUCUGCCGUUACAAUAUUUGUCCAGGUCCUACGGAGACCAAUCCCGGAUCAAAAUCACACUGAGCUCGCAGGAAGGUUUUACAAUGACAACCUGCGGAAACAGUACAGGUGAUGCCACAGGAACUUACAUUUAUGGCUUACAAAAAUUUGGAGUUCUGACUGGUUCUUGUCAGGGGAGAACACCUGCGAUGAAAUGUAACGACAACUCGACCUCUUCUAUGUCACCAUCUUUUGAUAUUGUUUCGGAGAUGCUAAUGCCCUGGGAAACCUUUGGUUCAGAGUUCAUUACCCUAGCAAUUGGCACAAGAAUAAGCCUGAGCUACUUCAUUGUAUUAGCCGGCCAAGAUUACUCAGAAGUAAAUAUCUACAACUCAGAACAACACCCAGAAAGUUACGUGCUGAGAAAAAGAGGCGAUUUUUUAAUGCGUAGAUUGGAUCAAACAGAAUGCCUUGUCAAGUCCAACGAGUCUAUUCAGAUGAUAUGCGUCCAGGCGUCCACCUGCUUGGGGGCACCAGGAGAACUAGGGGACACCAGCCUGAGUAUGCUUGUACCUACACAGCUAUUUUACUUCAAAUAUAUUUUUAGUGUCAAUGACAUUUUCCCGGCCACCCACCAGGCCAUUAUAGUCGGGAACGUCGCCUACCUGGAGUUUCUUUACCUGAACGAGAGUCAACUGGACAAGGAGAUUGUUUGGCAUUCGGUGUCCGGGAGCCUCACCUGGUCGCUGGGCUCCAUUCCUCUUGAAACCGGCACUUAUUUAUUACACAACACAUUGAGACAAAACUUUGGAUGUUACUUGUAUGGUCAGUAUGUCAAUGUCUCAUUCAUGCAUCCAGCUGGAUACAUCGCAGCAUCUAUAAGUGAGGUGUGUAGGACGAUGAUGCAUAUGAAGGCUGGAGACCUGCUGGACAAUGAUUGUGAUCGCCGUAUAGACGAAGAGCUUCUGGACAACCAAGACAACGACGGAGACGGUCAACUGGACGAGGAUUUGGCUUUAUUAACAGUAGACCUAAUUAAACAGAUACACAUGAUAGAGGAACACAACAACAGAAAGAAAGUUGAUCGUAAAUGGAGCAAGUGGAGCGAAUGGCAAUGUUCUUCAAACUGUUCUGACUCAACACAAUACAGGCAUAGACUUUGUGAUAAUCCUAAACCUGGAAAUGCUGGGGUCGAGUGUCCGGGGGAAUCAGAGGAAACUAUACUUGAACAAUGUUACUUGGAGAACAUCGUUUGUCCUGCAGAGUGUCCAGACUUUAGUUGGGGUAUCAACUGCACCCGGACUUGCAAGAAUUGUAUUCAUCCGUGUGACAAGUUUACUGGAGCGUGUCAGCGCUGUGGAAGAGGUUACAAAUAUCCAAGGCAAGGUUGUAUUAAACAAUGUGAUCUGUUUGAAUACGGGGAAGAUUGUCUACAAAGUUGCUUGGAAAAAUGUGGCGACGAUUGUGUUAACAGAGAAACAGGAGAUUGUAUUCUUGUCGUAGAUGAGGGCUCACCUGAGAGUGAAGGAUGGGGCACGUGGACAGAAUGGCACUGUGCUCAGGAUUGUCUGGAUUCAGCCUUGUAUAGAAAAAGGGUCUGCCUGUCAGUUAUAGCAUGUCAUGGGACUCACUUAGAAGUCAAGAGUGGACACUGUUAUAUCGGAGUGGUUUGCCCACUAGACUGCCCGAAGAAUCACUGGAACAUAGACUGCAGAGACACUUGCUCCUAUUGUGAGGACGACUGUGACAAGUUCACGGGGCGAUGUAAGGCCUGUGUGGCAGGCCACAAAUACCCAGAGGAGGGAUGCCAUGAGAGGUGUGGUACAAAUCAGUAUGGCGUGAACUGUGAGGGUGAUUGUGAGGCAAAGUGUGGACAUGACUGUAUCAACAGAAUCACAGGACAGUGUCAAGAGAACUACCUACAGUAUGUCACUAUGGUUCCGGGACUUCUUAUACUUGUGCCAUGUUAUUAUUGGUUAUGCAGUAAGCACAAAAGCAAAGUUAAUCGAAGUUACAGUUUCUCGUUCGUGAAGUUUCUAUCAAUACCGAGGCUGCUCCAUCGCCUGGAUGACAGAUAUGGAUCUUCAGUGGACAAAGAAGAAUGGCUCCCAACCAGCGCCGCACAAAGCAGCUCAACGACCGCUAACACAAUAAAGCGCACGGCAACUCUUUCAGAGACGAACGAGUCACCUGACUCGAGCGACUUCAGUGACACCGAUAUUUCGACGUCGGUCUUCAGCGAGAAGCGAAGUAAACACUUUGAGACGUAUCGCAGUGCUUCGCAGGCGUCGUUCAGGACCACAAAUGCAGGCGCGGAAUCCAAUUUUGAUGCAACGAACAGGAACCCAGUGGAGGGCAUAGACUCCAAGAAGAACAGCGGAACUGCGGAGCCAAAUCGAUUUCGAGGCGUAUUAAGAGCUACGCAGCAAAAGCUGAAAAAAUUGGCUAUUCACCGAAUGAGGAGAAAAGAUGUCAGCGUGACAGAGGGUGUCGUUGAAAUUACGGUCCCGGAGGAAGACGCGAUCCCAAAAGAAUACCCCCGGAAAAAAUCCAGCCUCACGGCGUGGAGAAAACUGAGCAAAGCUAGCGUAAGUAAAUUUACAGAGGCCAGAAGGGAGUCGAAGCUCGAGAAGUCUGAUCUCGAAGAGAACAAGGCGAUAUCUAAUGCGCAUGACGGAGCAGAGAUACCAAGAAAAACUUCUAGUAGGACAGACCCAGGGAUUUAUAUCGGAGAUUAGAAAAAGGUCGAAAGUGGCAUUUUGAUUGGGUACAGCGGAAGUACAAGAAAUAUUAACGUGAACAUACAUUUUUGAUUUCGCAUUGUUACACUUUGUUUUUUUCGUAUUGGAAUCUAAUGAUCACAAUUACAUAAAACUUUUUUGUGUUAACCAAAUUAGACUUUUGAGAAGUUUACCUGUCGUCAUUGUAGGAGAUUUCAAAUAAAAAGACAUUCUCUUAAACUUUCACACAAGGCAAAUAUUCUUGCUUGCGUUCAUUGUCAAGAAUUCAUUAAAUAUUUUCACGUAUUUCUCCGAUUGUUAGUUUCUGUCACGUUUCAACGUAUGUACAUAAACCAAGUUGUA